AUGGCACCUAUCAACCCAGCAGCCGAUUUCUAUGACAACUUAGGAAUUAGAUACGAGAAGAGUUUUGGACAUGAUGAAGGCCUCAUAGCGUUCAUUACUGAGAGUCUCAGUCUUCUUCCUACGAGUUCUGAUACAGCGGUCCUUGAUAUCGGCAGUGGAACUGGGGUUCCAACAUCCAGCCUCGUUGUGAACAGUGGUCGCAAAUUAUAUGGGAUUGACUUUUCUCCUGUCAUGAUCAAAUUGAGCAAGCGACAGGUCCCUGGGGGAAACUUCAAGCUGACCAAUAUGCUUGACUUCUCCCCUGAAUCCCCAUCUCAAUUUCAAGGCGCCUUUGCGAUAUUCUCCCUGUUUCACUUUUCGCGUGAGGAAAUGGAUACGGCGGCUGAAAGGAUGUCGGGAUGGAUUGCUCCUGGGGGCUACAUCUUCAUCGGGACCAUGGUAGCUGAGGACUUUCCAACAGAGCCACAUAUGUUUGACGAGGAUGGAGAAUGUGCAAGAGGAAUCGAACAUACAUUCAUGGGAAAGCGAAUUGGGAACCUUCUUUACACCAGAAAGGGUUGGGAGAACUUAUUGCGAAAGGUUGGGCUCGAGGUGGUGAAGACAGAAAUGGUGCCUUUUCAGGCGCCUGCAGAUGCAGAAUGCGAUAUUGAGCCGCAUUACUACAUUACCGCACGCAAGAACUCUGAUGGAUAA